AUGAUGGAAAAAGCCCCUUCCGAGGCCCCUGGCCCAGAGGAGGCCACGUCUGAGUCUGCCCAGGUGCCCACCACAGAGCCUCCCGGAGAAGCCGCAGCAUCUGAGGCCGCUGGGGAAGGGCGGGCUCCUGAACCGCAGGAGGCUGCCUCCCAGACCCCUGCCCCUGCUGAGCCCGCAGCCCCUGCCGCUGCCCCCACGGCCCCUGCAGACACUAAGCCUACACCCUCAAGUGAAGAUGUCCCCAGUGCCCCACAGCUGCUGACCCUGGAGGACGUGAGCAGCAGCUCCGUGACCGUGAGCUGGGAGCCCCCAGAGAAGCUGGGGAGGCCAGGCCUCCAGGGCUAUGUGCUGGAACUCUGCCGAGAGGGAGCCUCCGAGUGGGUGCCUGUGAACGCCCAACCCAUGAUGGUGACCCAGCAGACUGUGCGGAACCUGACUCUGGGAGACAAGUUCUUCCUGCGAGUGUCUGCAGUGAGCCCUGCAGGGGCCGGCCCACCCGUCGUGCUGGACCAGCCUGUCCAUAUCCGAGAGAAGAUCGAGGCCCCCAAGAUCCGUGUUCCCCGCCACCUUCGUCAGACCUACAUCUGCCAGGUGGGAGAGGCUGUCAAUCUGCAAAUCCCCUUCCAGGGGAAGCCGAAGCCUCAGGCCACAUGGACUCACAAUGGCCACGCCCUGGACAGUCAGCGGGUGAGCGUACGUGCUGGGGACAAGGACUCCAUCCUUUUCAUUCGCUCGGCCCAACGCUCAGACUCAGGCCACUACGAGCUCACUGUGCGGUUGGAAGACUUGGAGGCCAAGGCAGGCGUUGACAUCCUGGUGAUUGAGAAUCCUGGACCCCCCAGCAGCAUCAGACUACUGGAUGUCUGGGGCUGCAAUGUCGCCCUUGAGUGGACACCACCCCAGGACACAGGCAACACAGAGCUCCUGGGCUACACAGUACAGAAGGCAGACAAAAAGACAGGGCAAUGGUUUACGGUACUGGAGCGCUACCACCCAACCACCUGCACCAUCUCCGACCUCAUCAUCGGCAACUCGUACUCCUUCCGAGUCUUCUCAGAAAACCUGUGUGGGCUCAGUGCCUCUGCCGCAGUCACCAAGCAGCUUGCUCACAUCAAGAAGACAGAUAUGACUGCCAAACUCAAAGGGUUUGUCGGGCGAGAUUUCUCAGAGGCUCCCUCGUUCACCCAGCCCCUGGCUGACCACACCUCCACCCCUGGCUACAGCACGCAGCUGUUCUGCAGUGUCCGAGCAUCACCCAAGCCCAAGAUCAUCUGGAUGAAGAACAAGACAGAAAUCCAGGGCAACCCCAGGUACCGCACCCUCUCUGAGCAAGGCAUCUGCACCCUGGAGAUCCGGAAAUCCAGCCCCUUUGAUUCUGGGGUCUACACCUGCAAGGCCAUCAACGUGCUGGGGGAGGCAUCUGUGGACUGCCGAUUAGAGGUCAAAGCCUCAGCCACACACUGAAGAGCCGAAAGAAGAGGCUAUGGCGAGGAGACAGGUGCUGCAGGCUUGAGGGCUCAGGUCCCCCAGGCCCGGAAUCAAACUCCACAGAUACCCAAGAUCCCCCUUUCCCGAUGACUGGUGAGCUGCCCGUAGUGCCUGCUGGGCUCCCACGCCCCGAGGCCGGUGUCCAGAACUCAGGAGUGGGCCUGCAGGCCCUGGCCAGGCUUCCUGGGCUCAAGGGGGCUUGGAAGGUGCGGAGAUUGGAGCAUCCUGCAGAGUGUGCCUGGGUGAGACGCAGUCAAAUAAAGGUGUGUG